CUGCCUGCCCGCCUGCCUGCCCACCCAAUCCCCCUGUCUCUCUGUCUCUCUCUCUCUAGCCUUCCUUCAUACUUUAUUGGUUUGGCAAUUCGCCCAAAAAUCAUUGCUUUCGGUGGGAGAUUCCAUUUCGAUCGGGAGUUAGCCUCUGGGGUGGUUGAAUCUCAUCUGGGUUCUCGUCGUUUCGCCUUGUGAUUUCGAGUUCCGAUUUGCCCAUCUGUCGAAAACCCCUCCCCCACCCGCAUUGCGCGUUUUCCCUCUCCCCCUGGAUUGGCUGCGUUCUGGGUCGGUUCCGGCUUCGAUUCCCUCAUCUGGGUUCGGGCGCUCGGCCGGCGUUCGCGCUCUUUCGGUUCGGGUGAACUUGUCAUUAUGGUGCUGGAGAUGACUUAUCCUUUCAUAUGCCUUGCAAAUUUACCAGCUCUCUUAUGAAUUGCUGUUGCAGCAUAAAGAGCCAAAAUGGAUAGGGGAAGACAGUACUAGAAGAGGCAGGAGGCACAAACAACCUGGAGAUCCAUAUGUGACCAAAAGAGUUCAUCAUGCGGGCAAUUUCCAACAACACUGUUACGACUAUGGAGGCUUACAGGAGCCAGGCUGAAGUGUUGGUCAAAAGCUAUCUAUUAGCUGAUACCAUAGUUCCAUUUACGUCCGUCGUAGCUGGCAUUUUGGCCUGUAAAUUGGUGUAUGAUCUCUCCGAGUUAGUCAGUAUGUUUUACUUCAGAACUUAUUCAAGUCUGACAAAAACACAACGCACUGAGUGGAAUAACCGUGGUAUGUCAACAGUCCAUGCCAUUUUCAUCACGACCAUGUCACUAUACUUUGUGUUCUGGUCUGAUCUCUUCUCUGAUCGACUUGCUGGCCCUGUGACUUUUCGACAUUCACCUCUCUCUAAUUUUUUCCUUGGGGUUUCUGUUGGGUAUUUUCUUUCAGAUCUCGGAAUGAUAUUUUGGCUCUAUCCUUCUUUAGGUGGAAUGGAGUAUGUUAUACAUCAUUCACUUUCUGGAAUUGCCGUAGCCUAUGCUAUGGCUUCUGGGGAAGGGCAGCUUUAUACAUACAUGGUCCUUAUAUCCGAGAUUACGACUCCAGAGAUCAAUAUGAGAUGGUUUCUCGACACUUCUGGGAUGAAGAAGUCUGCUGCGUACCUCAUCAAUGGCAUAGUCAUCUUCAUUGCCUGGUUGGUAGCCAGGGUGCUUCUGUUCGUUUACUUGUUCUACCACGUUUAUUUGCACUAUCAUCAGGUCAUUGAGAUGCACAUAUUCGGGUAUCUAUUGGUCUUUGUGGUGCCGGCAGCGCUUGCGCUCAUGAACCUGAUGUGGUUUGGGAAGAUCAUCAAGGGUUUGAUGAAGACAUUAGCUAAAAAGCGGUGAAGAUCACACGUACAUUCUGCCAUCCGUUUUGCCACAUGCCCUCCUAGAUUCUCUGUUGUAAAAUUUGUGGUCACGUUACCCUCAUAGUAAGAAGUCUAAACAGCCCACAGAAUCAAUAUGAUCAUCAAACUGACUGAUAAUCUUGUCACUGUACAUGUCAAUAGUUUCUGAUUCCGAUGCCAUAUAUAAUGGGAAGAAGUGAGUGAGGUUUUCUUGACUU